UGUUAGUAGGGUAUUCCAAAAAUAAGAAAAAGGGAUGGAAUCUCCGGACACUCCCCUCCUAAAUAUCCUACUUUCUUUGUAUUUUCUUCCCUUUUUUGGAGUUCUACAUGUAUUUUAAUGGAAGACAAUCAUAUUUAAACUGAAAACAUUUUGGGAGGGAUUAGCUUUCACAGUUGUAAUUUUUCCAUACAUAAGACUAUAACUUGAGACUUUAUUUAGGGAGAAUCAAACUUGUAACACUAGAACCAACCACUUGUUGGUUUCUUCCUCUUCUUUAGUUACUUCUUUUAUUUUAUUUACUUUUUUUUAGACACUGGUCCUAAGGCACCAUAUCUUGGGUUGCAAAUCUAUGUUAAUUCACAAUGGUUGAGUGCAAAAUGUUUGGGGACAAAAGAUGCCAACUAAAUCAACAUUGAUGAAUCCAUUUCUUCUAUUAACUUGGAUCCUGUAUUCCAAGCAAAGUGUGGUCAUUUUCAGCUCAGGCAGGACAGAACAGAGGAGACAUUGAUUUGAACCUAAAUUGUCACAAAUUGUUUUUCUUGUCCUGGAAAUUAAAGUCCACCCAUGCCUUGUAUCCCAUUGGAAACUACUACUUCUCUCCCUACCUAUAAAAAAGAGGGCACCUAGAACAUAUCUUGAGCAGCUUCAAGGUUUCAUAUUAAUAGUUUUACCAUAAUUAAAUUCAAGUAACAUGGCUAUGUCACCUAGUAAACACCUUCUUCUGGUUGCUUUUCUCUUGCUUUGCUUCAUCUCUAUUACAGCAAGAGCCAGAAAUUUGCGAGAAGCGAAGGAUGGAUCAGCUUCAGCUGUAGUAUCCGCUGAGAAGGGGCAUGGUAAUAUGUUUAAGCCAAACAAAGAAGGGGACCAAGAUACUCAUGACUUGGUGACAAUGGACUACACUCCUGCAAGCAAAAAUCCUCCAAUACACAAUUAAAUCCCCAAAGUUUUUCUUGAUUUUCAUUUUUGGUUGAAAAAGCACCAUCCUCAGUGCUUGUUCUGCAAUUCUAUAUAGAUUUUCAAUGUAUAUAUAGAUGCCGUUAGAACUUUGAGGGCAGGAGGUUCCACACUGAAAUCGCCAACUUGUGUUGAGUGCUCACUAGUUGCUGAUGCGUAAUCACAUUUAUAGAAGUUAGAAGUUAGAACUAAUGUAUAAAAAGUUUAAGCUACAUGUGAAGGUGGAAUAGAUAUAUCCAGAAGAGUUUUCGAA